AUGGACAAGGAAGCAUCUAGUGAUGUGCGCAGCUCAGUCCAAAUGGAGCUGGAAGAGAUAUCCAGCAAAAUAGCAGAUCUAGACAAGUGGAGAAAGAUUUUCAACGUUCAUGGGUUGGAAAUCAGUCACAGAACCUUUCAGAAAUACCAAGACUGUAAAUCUGAUAAUGAUAAAGAAGAUGCUUCUGGAACAUGUCAAAAUAUAAACCCUUCAGAACAGGGGAGAUUUCCAUUUAAUACACUAUAUUCAAUUCCCAAAGCUGUAAUCAUUUCAUCAGAUCUAGGAGGGCAUCCUGUCUCCCUAGAAAUGGCUCUGGAAUUGCGAAGGAUGUUAUUUGGAAACACAUUUCAAGUCUUCAACUAUGAAUGGAAAAUAUCAUAUUUCAGGUUUCACCACCCUUUUACUGAUUUGGCCUAUGCCUUAGAGAUUGAUAAGGGUGGAGCCCCAGCAAUCCAGAUGGCAGUUCAGGUUCACAUCAUGAAACACUUUUUGUUUGUACAAAACAAAGAAGCAAAUAUCUCCCUUCAAAGUAUAUCUGAAAUAAGCCUCAAAGAACAAGAAAAAACUCUUGCAACAGCACUAGCUGAUAUUCUGUGGACAGCAGGAGAAAGUCAGAGAGCAACUAUCUGCCUUAUCACAGAUGAUACUUAUUUUACUGCAAAUAUAGACUAUGAAGUGGAUCACUUUACUGAACAAGUUCAACUGUUUGACUUUUUUGAGAAAGAAACAAUGCAGCAGUUUAUCUUGGAUCACAUACACUGCCUGAAGUCUGAGGGAAGUCAUGGAGUGAUCUUAUUUCUAUAUAGUUUACUUUUCUCCAGGACAUUUGAAAGGCUUCAGGAAGAUCUCGACUUCACCACAACUCACUUGUUACAAUGUAGACAGGGAGACAUUAGCUGCAGACAAGCAAUUUUGAAUCUCAUUUUAACUGGCAGGGCAAGUCCACAUGUAUUCAAUGGAUGCCAAAAGCUUGACACUGAAGGCAGUGUGGAAAAAGUACUGCAUGGAAUUCUCUCCCGCAGUGAUGUUGGCUACUUACGGUGGAGCAAGGAAGAAGCAGAACAGUACAGAUCUCUACAGGUUGGAAGCAUGUUGAAGACACCAAAAUUGCCAAUUUGGCUGUGCAACAUAAAUGAAACAUACAGCAUUCUCUUCAGCUUAAACAGGUUGUUAUUGUCUGAUUGGAAAAUGGAACACCUUUUUGAUUUAUAUUUUUAUAAAGGCAAGCCCUCCCAAAAGAAAACUCUUCAUCUAACAAUAGACACACAUUCUCAUCACUGGGAAGAAAACCAUUGUGUGGAUGACAGGGAUCCCAACAAAAGAGUGCCAUCUCUGGAAAUGGCCAUUCGAACUAAAUGGGAAGGAGCCACCAUCAUCUGGAAUGGGACAACUCCUUUCUUCUGA